AUGGCAGCUCCAUCACCUGCAUACAGCUCCCAAUCGUCCUCUGAUGCGAGUCACCACGGCGCCAGUUCGCCCAGUCUCCCAUACGAUCCUCCUCUCACAUUCUCCACCGUCAUCGACCAUGAUCACAACACGAUCAACAAAGUCGCUGGGCGCCUUCUUAGGGCCAAGGCACCCCAGGACCGUGCCCGCCUCCUGAAGGAAGUCACCUGGCGGCUCGUCCGGCACGACGUGUCGGAAGACAUCGUCAUGCGGCCCGCUUUCAUCGAGCACCUUGGCGAUGAGGGCGUGCACAUGGCCGAACACGACCGGACAGACCACGAGAGAGCCCGCUCCAAACUGCUCGCACUGUUCCACGUUCCGCUCGAAGGGGACCAGUUCCUCGGCGCCCUGCGUGCACUCUUCGCGCAGCUAUUGGAGCACAUGAAGGUUGAGUCCGGACAGCAGAUCCCGCACUUGGAACACAUGCUGGAUCCCGAGGAGAGCCAGCGGCUGGGCAGGGAGUAUUUGAAGACCCAGCGCCUUACCCCGGACCUGCAGGUAGUCGACAAGUGCACAGGCGCGAGGAGGCGGGUGUGGAGCGACGUCGAGGACUUCGCUAGGACGGAGCUGCAGAGAUUCAAGGAGAUCUGGGACGAAUUGAAGCUGAGCGACGACCAGAUCGACGCCGAGGUUGAAGCAUGCCACAGGAGGAGGCUUCAUCGCGGAAAGUUGUAA